UAAUAUCACACUGUCAACCUUUAUUAUUGUUUUGUUGUCGUUUUUCAAUGGACCCUUGGUGUACAUGGACGAUACCCCACCGUAGCGAAGCGUGGCUAUCCAUCACCUUCUCUUCAUGCUGUGCUUUACGCGCGGACGCUCCACCCCCUACUCACUGCUUGUAUUCAAGCUCUUCAACAAACACGACAUCCUGUAAUCGCAACCCAGUCGAGUAGUGUGACACUGAAACGGUGGAAUAGACCAUGGACUAACACCUGUCAUUUUUGGGAUUUCCCUCUUCGUUCCUUUGAUGUAUUUACAUCCUCCCAAAAGGAAACCUUAAUCGUGAUGUUGGGACGGCACUAAGACACAUUCCAGAGAAAAUGGCUUUUGAAAAUACAUAUCGCAGUUACUCAAUCAUACCAUGCUUCAUCUUCAUAGAGCUGGUCAUCAUGGCCGGGACCGUCCUCCUGGCCUACUGCUUUGAGUGCACGCGCACCUUCGGGGUGCACAUCCAGGGCUUCUUCUGCAGCGAUGCCCAGCUGAUGAAGCCCUACCCCGGGAGCGAGGAGGACAGCUUCAUCCCACCACUCGUCCUCUACUGCGUGGUGGCGGCGGUGCCCACGGCCACGAUGUUCAUUGGAGAGAUCUUAAUGUACAUCAUGAAAUCCACCAGACAAGCCCUCAUUGCCCAGGAGAAGACCAUCAUUACUGGAGAAUGCUGCUACCUGAAUCCACUUAUUCGGAGGAUCAUAAGGUUUAUAGGUGUCUUUGCUUUUGGUUUGUUUGCCACAGACAUCUUUGUGAAUGCCGGUCAAGUGGUGACCGGGAACUUGUCUCCAUGCUUCCUGAGUGUCUGCAAGCCAAACUACACAGGAACAGAGUGUCGCUUCAGUCACCAAUUCGUCUCCAAGGGCGAUAUCUGCACAGGUGACCCCGCCGCUGUGGAGCGGGCCAGGAAGUCCUUCCCGUCCAAAGAAGCCUCUCUCAGCAUGUACUCGGCUGUCUAUGUCACCAUGUACCUCACCAGCACGGUGAAGAUGAAGAGCAGCCGUCUGGCCAAGCCGGUGCUCUGCCUGGGCUCCCUGUGUGCGGCGUUCCUCGCUGGCCUGAACCGCGUCUCGGAGUACCGGAACCACUGCUCCGACGUUAUCGCGGGAUUCAUCCUGGGAACGUCAGUGGCUCUGUUUCUGGCUCUCUGUGUGGUCCAUAACUUCAGAGGAGCCCACUCUACUCUGGCCAAACUGAGACCCGAGGAGCUCCGUGGACCCCCGCUGACAGCAUUCCCACGGGUAGGGAGCCCCCUGGACACCCUGACUGCACAGAACGAGUCCCUUGCAAAAGCGAUAACAAUGGCUGAAAUAUGAAGAGAAAUAAAGAAACUUAAAAAGGAACCAUUCAGCGUCCAUGACGGAGGUCACAUGACUCCAGGGCCGGCACAGAGAGACGUCUGCUUCCCUGGAACACGGCUAGGCACAGCUGUUUUGUACUGUGUCACACUGUAAAAAGGACAGUAUUAUGUUGUAGCUAGAAACUGUUUUUUGUAUAUUUUGUAUGAAGUGCUGUAGUUUAUCUUAAAUAGCUUUGAGAAAGAUAUUGAUGUUGUCCUGUGGUGUUUGUACAAGGAAAAUAUCUUAACUGCUUCUGUAAAUCUUUGAAAAACCUUCUCUUCUAACCUUUUGUAUUCUUUUUUAAUCUGUUUUAAACUCAACAUUUGACCAAUUUUGCCUGCAAUUGUUUCAGGAAUGCUUUGGCAUUAAUAUAUUUAGGUUUUAAGGAAAAAUAUAUUUCUCUAUUCUGGUGUACAUUUUCCUUUGGGAUUUUAAAGCAAGCCCUUUACUCAGCAUGGAAGUAAAGAGAACUGAACAGGAAUCCAAAAGA